AUGUCCGAAGUCCCUGAGAGCCAGCCCGUGAAAUUCACCAUCACUCACUAUCGCCAACAACAACACACGCACGAGGCAUUUAUCAACUGGAUCGUCCAAGAGCACCUACCUCUCGCUCUACCUGUCUUUAAAAAACAUGGGAUCAUAGAAUACAGCCUAUUCGUUACGCCGCCUUCUCUCAACAAUGCACUCAAGCAAGAUAUUGAAGGGUUCCGGCCCACCUGGGACUUUGCUCAGUUCGACUGCUUUAUCGAAUACACGCUUCCGAAUGUGGAGACCAUCAUGAAGGUUAUGACAGAUCCGGAUUGGCAGGUAGCAGUGCAGGACCAGGAUAAGUGGGUAGAUAUUCCCAAGGCGCUGGUUUCGGUAGGUUACAGCACUGGGAAUCUACUGAAUAAGAAUCGUGAGAUUUCAUUAUCCGAUUACAUGAAAAGGCGAGAGUGA